GGAAACAGACGACCAAUUCCUCCCUACAAACUACCAUCGUCGAACUCCACUUUCAAUCGAGAGAAGGAACAAGACAAGAUCGAUCUGAAACCUGAACUUCCAUCGCUGGAGGAAUCCUCCACGAGAAAGGAAGAAACAGAUCAGAGUGAGGCUACCACUACCAACGUCAUAGAGAACGCAACGAAACAUCACGAAGAGAACAACAAUCAAAUAGUUAAAACAGACUCGAAGAUCACGGAAAAACCAUCUGCUCAGAACUCAACGAAAAUUCACGAGUCCGUUAACAGUAAGAAAGAGAAUAAGUAUCAAGCUCCGUCUAAAGUAAACGUGACUCAAUCUAGCGACGCGCACAAAACGAAUUUCACCAAGCACGACGGUUCUCCAAGGCCUGUGAUUCCAUUGGAAUUUCCAAUCAAACCUACUAAAAUCAAUGGCUCUCAAGGCUCCAGUUCCAGUACGAACAGCGAGAAAUCGAACAAUAAACCGAGUAUUUCCAAGACAUCAACGAAAUCUUACUCCACGUCAACGUUGAACAUCGAGACCAGCUCGUCGGUUCAGAUAAUCGAGCCAACGUCUAGCAAACCUAUCGUCCAAUCAACUCCAGUAGCCACAAAUGUUAAUAUUAAUUCAAGUAAAGUCACAAGCGCGUCAAGCACGAUAACUCUGGAACCUAGCAAAACGAUAGAACCCGAAAGCACAGCCGCAUCGAGUAUUCCAACGCCAACUGAGAGUUUACCUUCGAUUUUCACCAAGACCUCGUCGACCACCGAGAAAAGCAUCGUCCAUCCUACCAUGAACACGUUCUCGAAGAAUUCAGCGCCUACGGAUCGCUACGCUUACCGACCCAGGCCUGGGAUCGUCCUCGACGACACUUUGGAUUACACGGGAACUCAAGGACUGGCUACUCAACGGCCUUACGCACCACCAAGACAUCCACCUCUCGGUGAUAUUUUUGAUGUCACGGUCUCGGCUAUUCAAGGCCCGAGCGGUGCAAAUUCCGGAGAAGGUGUUCGAGUACCAGUGAACGGAGGAAACGCAGACGUGAUCCUCACUUCCGCGGUGGAAGGCCAAGGAUUCGUUAGUAUUGAUGGGAAAAGAACGUAUAUGAAUCUAUUUGAGAAUUCUGAUAGAACUUCGACGCACGUGCAACAGCAACCUCAACCAACUAGGACUCAACCACCCGCCAUUGUUGGCACAGGGUUUGCAGUCGCACAGCCAGAUCCACCGACAGCAACCCCACGACCCAAUGGGUCUAUUCGAAGGCCAACGUUUCACAGAAGGCCGACUCAACCUCCAGUUAGAAUUGACACUUGUAUCGUGGGCGAUACGAGCACUUGUGACAUCAGUCAGCACGAGGCUUGCGCCACUGUUCAAGGAGUAUCCGCAUGUCACUGUAAACCAGGAUAUGCGAGGCUGCAACAUUCCUUACCAUGCAAAAAAAUUAUAAGCAUCGUGGUAUCGAUCAGGGUAGAUAAGAUCUAUGAUAGGAAAGUCGUCUGGGAUCGAGGAUUCACCGACAGGGAUUCUGAGCCCUAUCAAACGUUAGCCUAUGAAGCAAAUCGAGCUAUCGAAUCUGCCAUGUCAAUGACACCGUUUUCGGACGAGUAUAUGGGUUCGUUCAUAAAUGGAGUGUAUCAGGGGGAUGUGAGCCAAGGGCAAGGAGGUGUCUUUGUGAAUGCAACCUUGAAACUCACUUACGAGCCAAGAACAAUUAGAUCAAGCUUAGCAGGAGAGCUGCAGAGACAUCUGCUCGGUGUUAUUCACAGAAGGAGCAACAAUAUAGGGAACAGCGCUCUUUACGUUGACAGUCCACCUGGAUCUAUAUCAAAUUUGCAAGACUUAGACGAGUGUGCAUCGUCGGAACUGAACGACUGUCACUCCUCGGCUGUCUGCACGAAUAACUGGGGUGGAUUUACUUGCACUUGCAAUCCUGGUUUGAAAGAUCCUCAUAAGGACGAUGCUAAUGAAUCUGGCAGGACUUGUAUUUCGUGUCCCUCGACUUACUGCAACAAUCGGGGGUCGUGCUCUUACCAGGGCGACCACAUGCAGUGCACGUGGAUACACGUUACGAAAGUCGAAGUCAAAAGAGUGCAGAAGAAGACAUUGCAUUACGCUCGGCCGAAGAAUACGUUACCGAUAAUGAUCGUUAUUAUGCA